UUAUUGUCGUUUGAAUGAGAAAUGCGCGGCAGGCUCCAUUUACUCAUGCUAUCAGUGCUUUGUGAGAAGGCAUGCGAAACGUGAGUUGGGGCUACGCUGCGCAGGCGACCGAAUACCGAGAACAUCCGAAAGGACCGAGAAAAGGCCAGCGGGGAAUAGCGUCUCCGAAGGAAGAACCGGCGACGUUGCGGAGCGGAAAUCGAAAAUGUGGGGCAACUUUCGGUGGAAUCUGCGACUCUGAGAAGACAGCGAGUGAAGGAAGGCACCGGUUGCCCGCGUCGCCAUGGAGUCCUUUUGCGGUUCUGCAUUUUGGGACCCCGAGCUCUCCUGGAACCGCAAUGCGAACCCCGAUCUGACAACAUGCUUCCAAGACACAGUGAUGUUGUGGGUGCCGUGCGGUCUGCUGUGGUUGUGCGCGCCGUUCGAGUUCCUCUCCAUGGCGAAGAGCAAGCGCAAGCGGCGACCCUGGACUCUACUAACCAUUACCAAACUGUUCUUCUCGCUGCUGCUCGUGGCCACUGCAUUCGCCGAGCUCUUCAACCGCUUCUCCAGGCUCGGAAGGGGCGCUUCGCUUUAUCCAGUCGAUUACGUGGCGCCAUCACUACGCCUCGUCACCUUCGGCCUGACCAUCCCCUUGAUCUUGGGGGGCCGACGCGCCGGCUUUUACACGUCGGCACCACUGUGCAUCUUCUGGCUGCUGAUGUCCAUGGCGGCUACUCUGCGCUACAGGUCAAUCAUGAUGACAGUCUUCAGGGAGCAACAGCAAGGCGACGAGAAAGCGAUGCAGAAUCUCGAGUUUGACUUCAUAGUAAGCGUCGUCUACUUUCCUAUCGUGGCUUGCCAGUUUGUAGUCAGCUGCUUCUCCGAUAAGUCUACGAGGAUACGGCUGAAAGAGAAAAAUUCUCCCGAAGCAAAGGCGUCAUUCAUAUCAGACGUUUUCUUCUGGUGGUUCAAUGGGAUGAUAUUGCGGGGAUACAAGGAACCGCUGCGUCUCGAUGACAUGUGGAGCCUCGACCAAGCCAACUCUACCAAGCAAAUCGCGAACAACUUCGACCACUUUUACCGUGGCCAGAAACGGCCAAAAAAGCCUACCGGAGAGAAGAACACAUCUGCGGACGGAGGUCUUGCGUCCUCGCCCGAAGUUGGCAUCAUGACGCCACUGUUUCGCACCUUCCUGCCCGAGCUCUUCGUGCUGGCUUUUCACAAGCUCGUGGGAUCGCUGCUCACGUUCGUCAACCCCGUGGUGUUAGAUCUGCUGAUCAGAUUUAUCGACUCGAACGAGCCUGCCUGGCACGGAGGCCUGUUCGCGUGCACCAUGUUCUUCGCGUCGAUGGCCGAGUCCCUGUUCAACAGCCAGUACGAGUACCGCAUAUUCCUCGUGUCCAUGCGCAUGCGGUCUGCCAUGAUCAACGCCAUCUACAGGAAGGCGCUGACGCUGUCCAGCUCUGCAAAAGGUCGCUUCACCACGGGCGAAAUCGUGAAUCUCAUGGCUGUCGACACGCAGAGGAUCAUGGAGUACAUACAGGUGUUCAACUACCUGUGGAGCACACCGAUCCAGGUUGCGCUGGCCACCUACCUGCUGUGGCAGCAGCUGGGCGUGGCUACCCUGGGCGGCCUCGCUGUCAUGGUCAGCCUGCUGCCAAUCAACGGCUGCGUCACCGCAUACCUGCGCAAGUACCAGUACAGCAUCAUGGAACAGAAGGACCGGCGGAUCAAGCUGCUGAACGAAAUGUUGGCCGGCAUCAAGGUGCUGAAACUAUACGCUUGGGAGACGGCCUUCCAGAAGCGGGUGCAGGACCUUCGCAACCUGGAGCUCACGUACUUGAAGAAGCAGGCGUAUCUCAAUGCAGCCAUCGUGUUUUCCUUUGCCUGCGCGCCGUUCCUGGUGGCGCUGGUGAGCUUCGGAGUGUACGUGACCAUGGACAGCCAGAACGUACUGGACGCGAACAAGGCGUUUGUGUCGCUCACGUUGUUCAAUGUUCUAAGAGUGCCGCUGGGCCUUCUGCCACUCAUCGUAUCCAACACUGCAAUGUUCAUGGUGUCCCUUGGCCGUAUCAAUGACUACCUUCGCUCGGAUGACCUGGAUCCGAUGGCGGUGCAGUCCGACGCCAGCCAAGAAGAGGCCGUGAAGGUUGAAGAUGCCUCGUUCGCCUGGUCUCGAAGUAGCCCAGCAGCGCUGAAGAACAUCACGGUCAGCGUGCCCAAAGGGUCACUCGUCGCCAUCGUGGGUUCGGUGGGAUCGGGCAAGUCGUCGUUACUUUCCGCCUGCCUCGGUGACAUGGUCAAGCUCAAGGGAUCUGUCACUGUCAGCGGCUCCCUAGCCUACUCGCCUCAGCAGGCAUGGAUCCAGAACGCCAGCGUAAGGAACAACAUCCUCUUCGGCCACGACUACGACAAAGAGCACUACGACCAGGUGGUCGAGGCGUGUGCCUUGAAGCCCGACCUUGCGGUCUUGCCCGCAGGUGAUAACACCGAGGUCGGUGAGAAGGGCAUCAACGUGAGCGGCGGUCAGAAGCAGCGUAUGAGCAUCGCCAGAGCCGCGUACAGCGGCCGCGACGUCUACCUCUUCGACGACCCGCUCAGCGCCGUCGACUCGCACGUGGGCAAGCACAUCUUCGACAAGGUCAUCGGCCCCAAGGGCAUGCUCCGGAACAAGACGCGCAUACUGGUUACCCACCGGCUGUCCGUGCUCCCGGAAGUGGACACUGUGGUCGUGAUGCGAGACGGAACCGUGUCGGACUGCGGAAGUUUUCAGGAGCUGCUGUCCCGGGGCGGCGCCUUCUCCGAGUUCCUGGUCCAGUUCAUUCAGGAGAGCCAGGAGACCGAGCAACCCAUGUCGGAGGAAGACGUGGAACUCUUCACUGCCAUCGCGUCGCAGACGUCGUUACCUACACCAGAACUUGUCCGGUACCGCUCGGCGCGAAGCGACCUUAGCGACACCGAUUCGAGCCUGCCUGACGAACAGAACAGCGUGCUCCGUCGUCGGCAAUCCCAUCGUAGGAGCAGUGGCCGCGAGUCUUCGGGUGGCGCCGGCGGAAGUAGCGUGGCGCAGAGCAAGCAGCCAUCUGUAGCCAGGGCAUCCAAGGCCAAGCUCACCGUGGAAGAGACAUCAGAAGUUGGAUCGGUGAAGUGGCGGGUGUACUGGGACUUCGUGAAGGCCAUGGGGACGUGGAUAACGCUGGCCUCGCUGUCGACUUUCAUUAUAUCGCACGCAUUCAACAUAGGCGGCAGCAUCUGGCUCGGAGUCUGGAGUAACGACGCACUCGACCCCGAGCUGGCGACGGACCCGGCGCAGAAGAACUAUCGGCUCGGCAUGUACGCCAUGUACGGCUUCGUAGAGACCGCAUUCGUGCUGUUCGGUGGUGUGUGGCUGAACCUGGCCAUCCUGCAGGGCAGCCGCGUGGUGCACGAUCGCAUGCUGCACCGCGUGCUGCGCGCACCCAUGGCCUUCUUCGACACCACGCCCAUGGGCCGCAUACUCAACAGGUUCUCGAAGGACGUUGACGCCGCUGACGUGACGCUCCCUUUCAACGUGCGCAUGCUGCUUGUUCAGUUCCUACGCACCGUGGUGGCGUUCUUGUUGAUUGCGCUGCAAACGCCCCUCUUCCUGAGCGCCGUCAUACCGCUGUUGUUCAUCUACUACUUCAUACAGAAAGUCUACAUCGCCACGUCGCGGCAGCUGAAGCGCCUCGAGUCCGUGUCACGGUCGCCCAUCUACGUGCACUUCUCGGAGACGGUGACCGGCAGCAGCUCCAUCCGGGCCUACGGAGUCGGUGAGCGGUUCGUCGCCCACUCGGACGAGCUGACCGACAUCAACCACAGCACCUACUUCCCCAGCAUCGUGGCAAGUCGGUGGCUCGCCACAAGGCUGGAGUUCAUCGGUUACACCAUAGUUUUAAUAGCGGCGUUACUUGCGGUCAGCAGCCGAGACACUCUGUCUCCCGGCAUGGCUGGCCUUUCCGUCAGCUACUCCCUUACGGUCACGAUGACGAUGAACAUGCUGGUCCGUUGUACCUCUGACACGGAAACGAACCUUGUCUCGGUCGAGCGCUGCUUGGAGUACACCAAGGUGGCGCAAGAGGCUCCGUGGGAGAAUCCUUACUUCAAGCCUGAUCCUUCGUGGCCAAUCACUGGAGAAGUCGCCUUCGAGAAUUACUCGACGCGGUACCGAGCAGAUUUGGACCUCGUCCUCAAGGGAAUCACGUGCGACAUCAAGCCAGGAGAAAAGGUUGGCAUCGUGGGAAGAACGGGCGCGGGCAAGUCUUCGUUGACGCUGGCUCUCUUCCGCAUCAUCGAAGCCGCCGGCGGCUCCAUCAACAUCGACGGGCUGGACAUAUCCACGCUCGGCCUCUACGACCUGCGCAGACAGCUCACCAUCAUACCGCAGGAUCCGGUGCUGUUCAGUGGGACACUGCGGUCCAACCUUGACCCUUUCGAUGCGAAGAAUGAGGUGGAGCUGUGGCGGGCGCUGGAGCACUCGCACCUCAAAGACUUUGUCGCCACUCUGACUGAGGGCCUCCAGCACGAAAUUGCCGAGGGUGGUGAAAACAUCAGCGUGGGCCAGCGGCAACUGCUGUGCCUGGCUCGUGCCUUGCUGCGCAAGUCUCGCAUCUUGAUCCUGGACGAGGCGACGGCCGCGGUGGACAUGGAGACGGACGACCUGAUACAGGCCACCAUACGGCGAGAGUUCGCCGACUGCACCAUCAUCACCAUCGCGCACCGGCUCAACACCAUUCUCGACUACGACAGGGUGAUCGUCCUGGACGGUGGUGAAAUCGCAGAGAGCGACUCGCCGCAGGAAUUGUUGAAGCGAGAGUCCUCGCUCUUCUACGCGCUGGCCAAGGACGCCAACUUGCUGCAGCCGCAGCAACAUGAUUGAUUUUUGAAGGCCACGUUGUCAGCGACGCCGUGUUCAACAAACUGCUGAUUGAAACUCGAAUCCUUGAUGUGUCAUCAGCGCAGCGCUUCGUAUAGAUGUCGCUUCGUUUGAAGCCUCUUUGAGAGACUUGUCCUUGAUGCGAAAGAUUGUUGCUAUGCUAAUUGUGUACAUUUUGAUGCCGUCGACGAGAAUACAUCUCAGUACGAGAUAUGUAACAUAAUUUGUGAAGAACGUGUGGCGUGCGUGAUAUCUCGACAAAAAAAAAAAAACACUCUGGCUUAUGUUAACAUGUACCGCUUUGACGCAAAGACGAUAUCUUUUCUUUUUCCUAUCAAGUUCCUGGUGCUUUGUCAUCGCGGAGAAUGCUUGUCAAAUCUUCAGCUUCGUUCAGACCAUUACUCGCGUCAAGUGUGAUGUUUGGUAUUUAUUGAACUCAUGAAUGACCAAAAUAGUUUCACAAUUCCAGCACUAUCAUGUUUUCACAAUAAAGAAAAA